AAUUGCCAUGCCAUGGGACCAUCAACAGCUCAUUGCUUACCGGUUGGAUUCGGAUGCGGAUGCGAUUGCCAAGCCUUAUCCUUAUCAGGUGCUAGAUGAGCUUUGGCCUGUGUUCAAUCCUCCAUUUGCUUGAUGCGAAUUCCAGGGCUUUCUUACCCAUUUGGGUGAUGGUGAUGGUGAUGGUGGCUGUAGAAUGUGUUUAUUGUAUGCCGGUUUCGAUUACUAUAAUAGGUGGUGUGCACGUGUAGCUAACUUUCAGGUUUCCAUCUCAUGUAAUGAUGCUGGUGAUCGGUUCCUCUAUGCAUAUCUUGAGACCCUGCAACAUUAUGAUUUUGAGAAAUUUGAUAAUCCUGCUAGAUGGAUUAAUUCUGCUUUUGUCAUGUGUGAUUAUUUGAACAAGCAUGAUGUUGAGGCUGAUAAAAGUUUAAUGGAUGCAUGUCUUUUUGGAUCAGACAGGGGUGAUUAUUUGAACAAUCACAAUGUUGAGGCUAAUGCAAGUUUCAUGGAUGCAUAUCUUGCUGGAUCAGAUGAGUGUGAUUAUUUGAACGAGCAUUAUGAUGAGACUAAUGCAAGUUUCAUGGAUGCAUAUCUUUCUAGAUUAGACGAGUAUUAUUAUUUGAACAAGCAUGAAGUUGUGGCUAAUGCAAGUUUCAGGGAUGCAUAUCUUUCUAGAUCAGAUGAGCGUGUUAAUUUGAACAAGCUUAAUGUUGAGGUUGAUGGAAGUUUCAUGUGUGUGCAUCUUUCUAGAUUGUAUAGGAAUAUGAUUGCUCCGUAAGUCUUUCCACACACAACUUCUAGUUGUUUGGGACUUCUAUAAUGAUAAGAUCUCACCUGUUGAUGAGUUUUACUCCAUGUACAAUACCGAACCCUAUUACGGAUGACAGAUUGAAACCCUUGUUGCCUUGAGCAAGUGUAGCAGCAGCUUUACCUACCUUUUGUAGUUACAAGUCCCUGGAGCCAUAUUUUGUUUUGAUCCUAGAGUGGAUAUGUAACCAGAUGGUUUUUAUUUUUGUAUUUGGUGAUAUUUUGGAACUUGGUUUGUAUUCUAUAAAUAUUAAAUUUUCAAUGGUAAAGUCCUAAACUUAGUGUUUUAUAUACUUUAUUGCUUCCUUGAUAUCCCAUGAUGUUCCAAAGUUUAGGACAUCACAAUUUGGUAUCAGACAUAUUGUUUGAUUUGGAUUUGACCAUCGCCUUGUUCGCUGUAGGCCAUGAUUGUGUCAUGUGUCUGUUCUAGGACCCAUGUAAUUCUAUGCUAAUUUUUACUUCCCACAGUUUUCUUUUCAGAGGAUGCUUCACAUUUAGUGAGUUCUUGAGUUGAGAGUUGCAUUUAGGUCCUUUAACUCUUGCAAUAGGCUUAGCUAGUGUCAUCAUUAUUUUCUGGUCACUAUGCUUAAAAACAUAUGGAUUCUUCCUACCUAAGUGUUGGGCAUCUACAUAAAUUAAAGGACAGCCAAGAAGCACGUGGGCUACAUCCAUGGGUAAGACGUCGUAGAUAAUUUUGCCUGAAUAAUUACUUAUUUAAUGGGCAUUAGAAACACUUGGAAACAGGAAAAGAUAUCUUGUCAAUCCAUGCAACCUUAUAUGACUGAGGAUGAGGUUCUAGCUGAGUUUGAAUCUAGCGACAGCUGACUUGGACACCACAUUAAUGGACCUACACCCAUCAAUAACUACCUCAUAAAUUCUAUCCUUCCAUUAAAUAAAAGUGUGACCUAGUGUGUUGCCAAUCCUUGGUAUCAGAAAGGCUGGGAGUAGUAUAUCGCAUCUUAUUAAUGCAAGCUUUGGGUUCUCAAUCGUUUUCUCAAACUCCUCUAAGGAAUCAUGGUUGACAUUUGUGCAGAUUCAAACUGACUCAAGAAUAGACAAAGAAAGCAAAUAAAUAAAUCGACAAAUUCAAACUAUUCAGAACUAAACUCACCAUACCCACCUGUUUGGAACAUUCAAAUUUGUUCAAAUUUCAUUACUCUACGUGUAUAAAUUUCAAAUUAUGAAGGGUAUCCAUUGAAGACAUGCACAUAUAAAUAUCACCUAUUAUACUAUUAAAAAAAAAAAAAAAAACACCACCACCCAGUUAGUAUAUAUUAAUGUGUAUUUGGGAGAGGAAAGAUUGGGUACACACCUAACCUUUGGCAUAGUGCACAAAGUGGUUGGCCCGGGACUCGAACUCAUAACCUAUUAGGCCAAGGUUUUACCAUUGAACCAAUAGUAUAAUAUCACCUCUUAUACUAUAAGAACCCAAAAGUCAUAAUUUUUAUAGAAUCACAACACCGCCACAAAAAUUUCUAAAAUUUCUGAAAAAUCAUUUAUAACGGUUAUACCCAAUAUGUCAUUUAUCAUGUCAAUUCCAACAUAUAAAUUCCCUAGCACUAGAAUUCCCAAAUUUAGUUCACAUUCAGUGCCUAAAUUUACCCAAACUUCAAUCCUCAAAUCAACCAUCAAAUCAAUGAUUUCACCAUAUGCAAUAACAUCCAUAGGAACUAAUAGGUAGCAUAUAACUCAACGAAGAAAGCUUAAACAUGAUGGAUCUAAAAAAAAUGCUCUGUAACUUAAAACAUGCAAGCUACUGUACUAGAACUUUUUAGAGAGAUUCUUGCCAAUUAAGAGUUUCGAAUCGAUCCUGAAACAAAAAGCCCCAAACCUUGGUUCUUCAAGAGAUUAGGAAAGUCUAGAGUUUUGAAUAUGAUUAUUGGAUAUUUUUGUGGAGAGGGAAAAUGUGGCUGGCUGGGUUUUUUAAGGCAAGCAAGCAGUGGCCGGAUGUUUUGGUGGUGACAAUGGGUGGAAGUGGUGGUGCAAGAUUGGAGCUAUAGGAGGGUGUUUGGUUGUACGAAAAUGAGAGAAUAUCAAAAGAGAGGAGAGAAAAGGAGGAAAAGUGAGAGAGAAUAUAUGCUCUGAAAAGGCAAUGUUAUAUAAACUAUCACAUUUCUCAUAAAUUAGUAAGAAAAGUUGUAAGAUUUAUUAGUUUGUUUAGUGUUUUCUACAUCAGAAAUAUCCUUCACCCUUCGGCCAUUAAUAAACAUUUGAGUUGAGGGGUGACAAAGAAUGGAUCAAGAUCUGGAGAGAAUUGACCAUUGUUGCGAGGUAGAUUUUUCUCCAUAUUCAACAUAUGUUUUUAUAAUAACCAUGAUGAUGAUCCAAAUUUGAGGUUUCACCUUUCUGAAAAAAGAAACCAAAUUAGGUCAUGAAUAGCGGUCGAGAUUUUGCUGCUGUUGGUAAUCAUACAACUGCGUCAGUUCAAAUGGUGACUGACAUUGUUCUCUGUCCUCUUCUCUGCAUCUCUUUCUUAGUUUCUCUCUCCCUCUUCUGCUUUUUCUUAAUUUCUCCAUAAACCGAAACAGCUUCUCUUUCUUGAGCCGUUUCUCUCAUCUAGCUCUGACCAACCAACUUGCCUAUAUCAAUAUAUUUUUAUUACGCCAUGGCGAAUUGCAAAGAUGCUUUGCACAAGCCAAAUGAGUUAGACAUAGCUGAUAGAUUGUAAUCUUAAAGCACAUCACACUUCCAUUAAAACAAAACACAAAGAAACAAAAAAAAUUGCUUAUAUUUCCAGCAUCUUCUAACAUGAAUGAGAAGAAUAUUCAAAACGCAAGUAGCAUAACUUUGGCUGUUUUCCUACACAUCAGUUCAUGAAGUCAAAAGGGUUAAAUAACUAACUCUGAAUGCCAAGUCUAGUAGUAUGUAAUUCUAUGGAGAGAAAAAAAAUCCGUAUUUUAUUACAUGUUUUUGUAGACAAAUUUUUGGGACUCGUAUGUAAAAAGCUUAAUGCUUUAUGUUCCUCAAUAAUCAGGGUAGUAAAUUUUUUGGUGUUGCAUAGCAUUUUGAUUUAAUUUUUUUAAACAUGUAAUUUAGUUUAAUUUGAGUUUGUAUUGUAAUCCCUAUGGAUUUGUGUUAGAUUACAUAGUUGGGAAGUACUUGUUGAUGGUUGUUUAGUACAAAUUUUGUUGUUAUGUUUUUUCAUAGAGACAACUAACUCGAAUUACAA